AUGCAACCACCACAGCAACAAAUGCAUCCACAAUUACAGCUUCAAUACCAACAGCAGCAAAUGUAUCAACAGCAGCAGUUACUAUUGCAACAUCAUCAACAUCGACAGUUGCUUCAACAGCAGCAACAGCAGCAACAACAGCAACAGCAGUUGGUACUACAGCAGCAGAAACAGGUUGUACCAGACUACAAGCCAGAAUUACCGGAUUCCAUCAGUCCUGUUAACAAGAGUUAUAUCACUCUUUUUCGACAGAGAGAGGAAGGCUACAUGAACCUGUUACAGCAGCAAAACAGUCGUUUGGACCAGUUGUUUAGAGAAAAACUACAGGAAUCUCAUGCCCUUCAACAAUUUGCUGCUCGCAACGUACUACUGGCUAGGACUGAAAAGGAAUCGGCUAAUAGGCCUCGACUGCGAUCUUUUAUAUUCUCAGACGAAGAUCAGGAGCAUGCUGCAGAUAAUACAGUUACACUUGUUCCAAUUCGACUAGAUAUUGAUUUGGACGGCGCUAAACUACGAGAUACGUUUACUUGGAAUCUUCAAGAUGAUGUGGUAACUCCAGAACUUUUUGCAAAAAUACUGUGCGAAGAUCUGGCACUGUCUGCUGCGUUCCAGCCACUUGUAGUCAAGUCCAUCAAGGAGCAACUUCGUGAUUUUUUCCAGCAUGCUCCCAACACAUUGCUUCCCCUUGAACAUGACACUCGUGGAAACGAUGAUCAGGAUGUUGGCACCAAGGAUUUACCUGAAUUACGGACAGUCAUCAAGUUGGAUAUAACCAUUGACAAUCAAGCCAUGGUGGAUCAGUUUGAAUGGGAUAUUGGAUGCAAACGUAACAAUCCCGAGGCAUUUGCUGAACAUUUGGUCAAUGAGCUAGGACUCGCACCCGAAUUCAAAACAGCAAUAUCUCAUUCUAUAAGAGAGCAAAUGCACACGCUAUCAAAAUCGCUCCUCUUGAUUGAUCACAAAUUUGAUCUUCCACUUCCGAUCCCUUCCACUGGAAGUGGGUUGAUUGACGAUGAUGAUCUUGCCACACAUUUUCUGCCAGAAAUCAAGUCUCAAUCCGUGCUUCGUGGAUUAAAAGAACAUGGAGAGUUUGGUCCGUAUUUGAAAGUUGCUAGUGCUGCAGAUUUUGAACGUAUUGAAAAGGAAUUAGAACGAGAUUCUAGACGGAAACGGAGACAAACUCAGCGAAGCAGGCGUUUGGUGACACUUCCAGAUCGUGAAGCAACGCGAACAAAUCGUACACCUCUGCCCAAAGCGUCGCAUUCUGCUUCCAAUUCAGUCGCAAGUAAUCUAUUGGCUUCAAAUAUAGCUGCAGAGAGUGACACUGCUUUCAAUAGGCAUACUGGUGCCCCGUCUUCCGCGUCUCGUACUGGCACGGCUUUCUUUGGAUCAGGGACUUAUAUUUCAAGACGAAGAGGUUAA